UACAGUAGUAAGACACCACUUUGCCUUGUUGAAGGAAUCUGGGAACAUUGGAUCUUAGCCAAAUAUUCAACAUGGUAAUGCAAAGGUAUCUCCUAACAUACGUGGGAGUGGUGCUUGCUUUAUACCUUCAUCAGUUCAUCAGAGCCAUUGAAGUCCCUCGGGAUCCAAGUAUUCAAGAUGAAUUAUCUCAGCCCCCCACUAUUACAAAGCAGUCUGUGAAGAAUUAUAUUGUAGAUCCAAGAGAUAACAUAAUCAUUGAAUGUGAAGCCAAAGGCAACCCCUUUCCCAUAUUUACAUGGGCGCGAAAUGGGAAGUUCUUCAAUGUUGCAAAGGACCCAAGAGUAAGCAUGAGACGCAAAUCGGGUACACUUAGCAUUGACUUCCGCAGUGGUGGUAGGCCAGAGGACUAUGAGGGGGAAUAUCAGUGUUUUGCUCGGAAUGACUUUGGGACAGCCAUUUCCAACAAAAUCGUCCUGCAGGUUUCAAAGUCACCUUUGUGGCCAAAGGAAAACCUGGACAUUCAAGAGGUUCAUGAAGGUGCUCCGCUUAUCUUGGCAUGCAAUCCUCCUCCUGGACUGCCACCUCCUGCCAUUUUCUGGAUGAGCAGCUCCAUGGAGCCAAUCCACCAAGACAAGCGAGUCUCCCAGGGACAGAAUGGUGACUUGUAUUUCUCCAAUGUCAUGCAGGAGGAUGCCCUGACUGACUACAGCUGUAAUGCUCGCUUUGCCUUCACCCACACCAUUCAGCAGAAAAAUCCUUACACCCUCAAGGUCCUGACCACCCGAGGUGUUACUGAAAGGCACCCCAGCUUCAUGUAUCCUACUGGGACCUCAAGCAGUCAGAUGGUUCUGAGAGGGGAGGAUCUCUUGCUGGAAUGUAUUGCUUCAGGAGUUCCAACACCAGACAUCAUAUGGCACAAGAGGGGAGGGGAGCUCCCAGUAGGCAGGAUCAGCUAUGAGAACUUCAGAAAAGCGCUUCGUAUUGCUAAUGUCUCCGAGGAAGAUUCUGGUGAAUACUUCUGCUUGGCCUCCAACAAAGUGGGCAGUAGUCGCCACACAGUCUCAGUGAGAGUGAAGGCUGCUCCUUACUGGCUGGAUGAACCAGAAAAUCUCGUUUUGGCUCCCGGUGAGGGUGGGAGACUUAUUUGUCGAGCCAAUGGUAACCCCAAGCCUUCAAUCCAGUGGCUGGUGAAUGGAGAACCUAUAGAAAGUUCUCUUCCUAAUCCAAGCCGUGAAGUCAAUGGAGACACUGUUAUGUUCCGGGAUGCCCAGAUUGGCAGCAGUGCUGUGUACCAAUGCAACGCUUCCAAUGAACAUGGAUACCUGUUGGCCAAUGCCUUUGUCAGUGUAUUAGAUGUUUCUCCUCGUAUCCUUGCUCCUCGUAGCCAGCCGAUGAAAGUGAUUCAGAACAACAGGACUCUUCUGGACUGUCCAUUCUUUGGGUCCCCAAUCCCUACAGCACGGUGGUUCAAGAAUGGCCAGGGAAACACUCUAGAUGGUGGAAACUAUAGGAUGUAUGAGAAUGGGACUUUGGAAAUUAAAAUGGCUCGAAAAGAAGACCAAGGAACAUACACGUGUGUGGCCACUAAUAUUCUGGGCAAAGCAGAGAUCCAGGUUCGCCUGGAAGUCAAAGACCCAACUAGGAUAAUCACUGGACCAACUGAUGCAGUGCCAAAGAAAGGUUCUACAAUUCAUUUAUCAUGCAGAGUAAAAUAUGAUCCUACACUGAAACUUACAGUCUCCUGGCUCAAGGAUGAUAGCCCCCUGUACAUAGGAAACAGGAUGAAGAAGGAUGAAGAUGGCUUGACAAUAUAUGGAGUGUCUGAAAAAGAUCAAGGGUAUUACACUUGUGUAGCCAGCACUGAGCUAGAUAGAGACAUUGCCAGAGCCCAUCUCACUGUUCUAGCUUCUCCUGUUAACCGUAUGACAACUUUCCCCAAAGCACGGCCAGACCGUCCUCGUGACCUUGAGCUAACAGACCUUGCUGAAAGGAGUGUACGUUUGACAUGGAUACCCGGUGAUGACAACAACAGCCCCAUCACAGAUUACAUUGUAGAAUUUGAAGAGGAUAAAUUCCAACCAGGAGUUUGGCACAACCAUUCCCGUUAUCCAGGAAGUGUGAACUCUGCUGUCCUGCGCCUUGCACCCUAUGUCAACUACCAGUUUCGAGUAAUAGCUGUGAAUGAAGUAGGAAGCAGUUAUCCCAGCUUGCCUUCUGAGCGAUACCAAACAAAUGGAGCACGUCCAGAAAUUAAUCCCACUGGUGUUCAAGGGGCAGGAUCUUCAAAAAAUAAUAUGGUUAUAUCAUGGACGCCACUAAAUGCAACUCAAGCUUAUGGCCCCAAACUCAAAUAUAUUGUGAAAUGGAGGAGAAAGGACACACGAGAGAGCUGGAGCAACGUAACUGUCAACGGUGAUGUCAACAAGUACACUGUUACCCAGACACCUACCUACGUGCCCUACGAGAUCAAAGUGCAGGCAGAAAAUGAGUUUGGACGGGCUGCAGAACCUGAUGUUGUCAUUGGCUACUCAGGGGAAGAUUAUCCCAAGGCUCCUCCCACUGAUAUUAGACUCAGAGUUUUAAACAGUACGGCAAUCAGCCUACAGUGGACUAGAGUGUACCCGGAUACCAUCCAGGGACAGCUUAAGGAGUACAGAGCCUAUUUCUGGAGAGAGAGUAGUUUGCUGAAGAAUCUGUGGGUCUCCAAGAAAAGGCAGUCUGAGAGUUUUAUUGGAGACCGAACACGGGGCAUAGUGUCCCGGCUGUUUCCUUACAGCAACUACAAACUGGAGAUGGUUGUAGUCAACGGGAGAGGAGAUGGGCCUCGGAGUGAAAUUAAGGAGUUCACAACACCUGAAGGAGUACCCAGUGCCCCAAGGUAUUUCAAAAUCCGCCAGCCAAAUGUGGAUACCAUCACAUUGGAAUGGGAGCACCCUGAACAUCCUAAUGGCAUACUUAUUGGAUACACCCUUAGAUACCAAGCCUUUAACGGAUCCAAAGCUGGCAGAACAAUUGUAGAGAACCUCUCUCCUAAUCAGACAAAGUUUUUACUCCAGCGGACGGAUCCUAUAUCACGCUAUAGAUUUGACCUGCGUGGCAGGACACAGAUUGGGGACGGGGAGCCUGCCAAAGGGGAGUCACCAUCUCCAGUGAAUGAAGCCCUCCCUUUUCCAACAUGGUGGCCUUCAACAACAAUUGAUCUCACUACCACUGCAACUGUGGCCCCCACCACAGAGGCCACAACCACCACUACCACCACCACUGAAGCUACAACCACCACUACAGAAGCAACUACCACCACAGAAGCUACAACUACUACGGAAGCAACUACCAUCACCACAGUUACAACUGAUUCUGAGAGCCAUAUACUAACCUUUGUUCUAACCUGUUCACUAGCUGGCGAUGGAAAGCCCAUCUGGGACGUAAAAGCUUCACCUACCAGUAACUGGGCAAACAUCACCUGGAACCACAAGUUUGAUCCUGAAACUGAGUUUGUGGUUGAGUAUAUCAACAGUAAGCAUUGGGGUGGGAAUACUUCAGGGUCCUUGAUGCCACCAGAGAUCCUGGCAUCUCUCAGGGGUAACAAAACAAUGAAAUCUGCCACUGAUAAACCCUUUAUGGAGCUGAGUGACCUGACUCCUGGGGAGAAGUAUGUAGUACGGGUUUUUCUCAAAGGGAAUGAUACCAUCACCAGCUCGAACAUAACCUUUAAUACAAGUGCAGCAUAUACUAAGAACCAAGGGGACAUUGCAACUCAGGGCUGGUUUAUUGGACUGAUGUGUGCCAUCGCUCUUCUGGUCCUGAUUUUGCUGAUAGUUUGCUUCAUUAAGAGAAGCAGAGGAGGGAAAUAUCCAGUGCGAGAAAAUAAAGAUGUGCCCCUGGACCCUGAUGACCAGAAGGUAGAUAACGGAUCAUUUGAUUACAGGUCUCUUGAAAGUGAUGAAGACAACAAGCCAUUACAGGGCAGUCAGACCUCAUUAGACGGCACGAUAAAGCAACAAGAAAGUGAUGACAGCUUGGUGGACUAUGGUGAAGGCGGUGAAGGGCAGUUCAAUGAGGACGGCUCCUUUAUUGGCCAAUACACAGUCAAGAAGGACAAAGAGGAGACAGAAGGCAAUGAAAGCUCAGAAGCCACAUCACCAGUUAAUGCUAUCUACUCCCUGGCAUAAUGCAACACCAAUGAAACAGGAACCACAUAAAGAUAUGUAGUUGAUGUGGGUCGGCAAAGUCACCAACGGUAACAGAAAGUAACCAGAGUUGGACAACAAAGACCAAAUGCAAAACCAGACCAGGUGGUCACCAGCGCCAUCAUCUCUUUAGGAAACAAAGCAAAUGGCAUCAAUAGACAAGCUGCUGAAGUGAUCAUACUGCAGCUGAAAUCUGAGCUGACCCAUAGGAGAUCAGCAGGAGAGCAGGAUGCACGGAUUCUAUGCCCCCAGGCUUCAGAACUUGGACUGAAAUAAACACCCCUCUAUACCCCUAUGUUUACUUUGUGAGAUAAUGCAACUCCUUUCAUUAAUAAUGUACACGGCUGAGGUUGGUUUUUUUUUAAGGAUUCAAAGUUGCUGUCAAAGGGGGGAGGAUACCCAAACGUGGGGAAAAUCUGAAGUGAGGA